CCGGUAGAGAGUAGCUCCAGGGACAGGUUCAGUUGAAUUGCACAGAAGAAGAAGAUGAGCGAGCCGAGGCCAGUGCCGAGGAGAGAGAGUCCAUGGGGAAUCACCGGAGAGGGUCAUCGUGAACCCAAAGCUCACCGAUGUAACGACCGUGUUGAAGAUGUCGUUCAGGCUUGUUUUGAGGGGAACCCAUUUAAGACAGUUCCAGGGCCUUUCAAGCUCUUCUGGAAAUGCAUGCGUUCUAAACCUGGCGAGGAACCAACAGAGCCAUUUACCUAUCUGGAUUUGGAACCUCCAAAGAGAGAGGAGAAACCUGUAAAAGUUGAGUAAUUCCACUCCUACAAAUCCCUUUGGUUUUCAACUUCAUUCCUCAACAUGGAUGGUUUUUAUGCAGAUCAUAUGUAACUAAACCUAUGUUUGUUAUUUUGCUAUGCAAAAUAGGUAUCCUGUGCAUCUUGUUCUGAAGUAUAUGUUGGCAUGUUGCUUGUCCAAUAAAAAACAUGGCCACUUGCAUUGUUGAAAUAACUUACAAUAAUUUCUUGAUCACAUGUUUAUUGUUAUAA